AAAAGAGGAAGAGAGGAAGAGAGGAAGAGAGGAAGAGAGGAAGAGAGGAAGAGAAGAAAGAAAGAAAGAAAGAAAGAAAGAAAGAAAGAAAGAAAGAGAGAAAAAGAUUCUGUCUGUGACUGUUUUCCUCUUCAGACCAUGCCGUUUUGGUUUGGCAACUUGGUUUUCCCACGGUGGAGGAGCAGGGUCUCGCAGGGGAGCAGCGAGCAGACAGACAGACAGACAGACAGACGCACCGCCUCCCCUGAGCAGCGCUCCCCGUGCAGCAGGCUCCUGGCGGGCCGAGCUGCCGCCGCAAGCGGGGCCCGACACAAAAACUACACGGUGAGGGGGACACGAAGCCGUGCGGACAUCACCGGCCUCCUCAAAGCCGUGCCCAUCACCGGGACCCUUCUCCAGGUGCAAGCCUGGGAAACAGCAAGUCCUCCGCGCAUCUCCCCGCGCAUCUUCCCCCUCAUCCCCCCGCGCAUCCCCCCGCUCAGCACCUUGCUGAGCACCCCGCUCAGCACCUCCUGGCAGCCACAGGUGCCGGCGCUGCGAAGGGUGCGAGCGCUGCGGGAGAUGCAACAAGGUGCGCGCAGAGCGCAGCGCAGCGCGCCCGGCGCCGGGCAGCGGCAGGCAGCGGAGUGA